AUGGGGUCACUUUAUUCUCUGCUUUUCUUCUGUAUCUGUUCAGGAUUUACUGUUGCGAUCUCAGAAAUAUUUCAGACGACUGGGAUUWUGACUGCCAGAGUUGGGGAGACCGUGACUUUACACUGUUCCUGUCACAACAAGGCUGUGACGUUCCUUGUUUGGUACCAGCAAGGUUUAAAUGGGAAACYUCACCUUAUAUCCAACUGGAUGAUGCUCAGCGAUAAAGCUGAAAUCUACCCGUUAUAUAAAACACGGUUUCGCAUUGACACUCACACUGAAAAAAGCAGCAACAAUCUGACCAUUACAAACCUUGAACUGUCAGAUUCUGGGACAUAUUACUGCGGGACUUUAGCAUUCAGCGGCAUUGAAUUUGGGCAAGGAGUUUUCCUUCAUGUGAAAACAUCUCUGUCUGACGCUCGGCCGUUCAUCCGUCAACCAGCGAUGGAAAUGCUCCAGUUGAGGGACUCUGUGAAUUUGAGCUGUACUGUGUUUGCUGAGCAACAUGAAGAAUGGCAGAGCCUUUACUGGUUCAGACAUGGUGGGUCGCAGCCUUCAGUCAUCUAUCCUGGUGAGGAACACUGCACAAGCUUCUCAAAUGAGAAGACACUCGGGAAAAACUGCACCUCCAAUCUUCAGCUAAAGUCUGUAAACUCCUCCGAUGAGGGAACUUACCGCUGUGUUUUGGUCUCCUGUGGGCGAAUCGUCUUUGGAGACGGAACAAAGGUUCAGAUUGUAGAUCCGACCACGGGUCCUCAUCUUCUGGUGUACGUUCUGAGUGUGGCACUAGCAGUUUCCAUUAUUGUGCUCUUAGUAUUGUCUUUCUCAAAGUACAAGCUAAAAGCAAAGCUCUGCUCUGCCUGCGAAGGAACUGCCUCUCCUCUUGGAUUKUCUGCAGGCUCAAACCCUGCGAGUCACGAUGAAACAAGUGUCCAUUAYGCUGCUCUGAGCCUGAGGAGGAGCGACGGUCGACAGCAGCAAGACACUGAGARUGUUUGUAUUUACUCCAGUGUGACGAGCAGAAAUGUGUGA